GUUUUCAAGUGAAGACGAUACAAACAUCCAAUUGUAAACAUGAAACUGUUGCUGAUCUUAGUUUGUGUAGCUGUAGCAGCAGCCGCUCCCCAAGCGCAGCGCUCAGGACCCAACCCUGACGAUGUCCAAAUUCUCAAAUACGAAACUGACAACGACGGGCUCGGCACUUAUAAAUAUGCUUUCGAACUAAGCGAUGGCACCAAAAAAGAGGAGCAGGGUGAAUUGAAAAAUGCAGGUACCGAUAAUGAAAUCAUGUCAGUCAAAGGCUCGUACAGCUGGACCGCUCCCGACGGCGUCACAUACCUAGUGACAUACGUCGCUGAUGAGAAUGGAUUCAAUCCCACGAUAGAACAAGGACCCGGCACUGGCGGGUCACGGGGUUGAAGUUUGAAGACUUACAAUAAUUAAGCAAAUAAAUAAUUCACUCUUGCCAAUAAACUUUAAUUUUAUCCAAUAAACGUUUUGUAAAAUAA